CAGACAGGCAGCAUGGCGGACGCGCUGCAGGCCGAGAAUGAGCAGCUGCGGCAGCAGAUUCAGACGCUGACCCAGGAGAAGCAGGCCACACUGCAGCGUGUGCAGGUCAAGCUCUCGCAGCUAAUUGCGCAGAAGAAUCAGGCUGCCAACCUUGUUGCAGAGCGGGAGGCGCAGAACAAGCAGCUGCUGGAGCAGCUGCAGAACCCAUCUGAGCAGCCGAGCGACGACGUGGAGCAGAUGACGCUGGAGGAGCUGCGGCAGCGGGUGGCGGCGCUCGAGUACGACCGGUCGACGCUGCAGCAAAAGAUCAAGACGCGACUCUCGGGCCUCAUUUCUGAGAAACACCAGAAGACGCAGCGGAUUAAGGAGCUUGAGCAGCGGCAGGUGAACCCGGCCGAGCUGCAGAGCCUGAAGGAGAAGAUUCAGGACCUGUCCGAGGAGCGGAUGGAGCUGACGCAGAAGAUUGCCGAGGCGAAUGCGCAGCUGCAGGACGUGCAGGUCUGGCUCCACCAGAACCACGAGCUUCGUGAGCAGCUCGACCAGCUCAUGGUCGAGUCGCGGCAGAUCCAGCAGCAGAUCACGGACAUCCAGCAGGCGCACGACAAGGCAGCGUCCGAGAUCCACGAGUACUCGAACCAGAUUGCGCAGCUGGAGGAGAUGAAUGCCGACUACGAGAAGAAAAUCCAGGAGCUGAAGGAGGCCAACCGGUCGGCGUCGGCGGCUGUGGAGGAGAACCAGGCGCUGCGUGCCGAGGUGGCUUCGCUCUCUGCGCAAAGGCAGCAGAUGACGCUCCAGCUCACACAAUACGAGCAGUCGACGACGACGGCAUCGGCACAAAUCUCGGCCGAGUUGUCGGCGCUCCGGGCCAAGGUCUCGGCCUCCGAGUCGGAGAUGAACGAGCUGCAGGCUCAGAUGACCGAGGCCCAGCAGAAGCGCGACAAGGCCCUCGAGGCUGUCGAGGCGCUCCGCAACCAGAAGACCGCCCUCUCUGCCGAGAAGAAGGGUCUGCAGACGCAGAUGCAGCAGAUGCAGCGCAAGGCCGACAUCGACGCCAUCGAGAACGAGCAGUACGAGCGGACGCUCAAGGAGAUCACCGAGUCCAAGAACCUCCUCACCGCCCACAUCAAGGAGCUCGAGGCCGAGAUCGAAAAGGGCCAGGAGUGGGACAAGCAGAACAAGCAGCUCCGUGCUGACAUGAAGGUUCUCCGCCAGGAGAACUCGGCUCUGGAGCAGCAGCUCAUCCAGCUCGAAAAGGGCUUCCAGGUCACCGAUGCCUCGGCCUCGGACGCGGCCGCCUCGGACGCUUACAACGACGUGCCCGACGAGGAUAUUCUCGGCUCGCUGGCAGCAUGAGCUCCACCUCCUGCCUUCAAUCUGUUGCUUCUCGCAGCCGACCGCAGCCGGCCGCAGCUGGCCUUGUGAAACACACACCCCUCCCCCCCAA